CCUCUUCGCCUUGCACUGGCUCAUCUCAUCCAACUUUAAUCAAAACCCUUGAUCCAUCAUGUCUCAAUUCCCCUCGCUCAAGCCCGCCUUCACAAUCAAGGUCACCAUCGAUGCCCCCUUGGCUGUCGGAAGCCUUUCGCGGUCCAACCCGUUGCAGGUGAUUCCGAUGACCGGCGGGUCCUUCAAAAGCGAUUCGAACUUCUCUCCCUCCGUCGAUUCCGAGUUCGUGGGUGUCGGAAAUGAUUACAUCCAUGCGGAUGCGGAUGGGAAACAUCUGCGGUUGAAUGCGCACAGCGUUAUCAAGACCCAUGACGGCGCCCUCAUCUACGUGAACUACACGGGUAUCGUCACCUUGUCUGCAGCUGUACAGGCUGUUUUCUCAGGCUCCGCAGACGAGGGAUCCACGCCUUUUGGCGAUGCUUUUACCCAUUUUACAUUCGAGACUGGCGACGCACGCUACAAGCAGCUCGAGCACGGCGUCUUCGUCGCGCAGGGCCGCUUCAACGUCCACAAGGACAAAUCGAUUGUCGUCGAGUACCGAGUCAGUCAGGUUGUUCAUGCGUAACGAACUAACACUGUACUUUCACUCGUUUACUAGCAAUGACUGGUUGCUAUUUAAUCAUGAUGAGAAUGAAGCCAUGAUGAAUUGAAUGAAUUAUUAUAUCUCAUGUUCAUGACCACACCAUGGC